AUGGCUGUUCCCACGCAAUUCGCAUGCAGAACUUUGAAAACCAUCUCGAUUGUGGAUGCUGCCCCGGUCUACGAGCCUUUGCCUGGUUUUCAGAGACCCGAAGGUACCUCUCGCUGCUGUGUCUACUCUCCCUGCGGACGAUACUUCGCCUGGGCCUCCAACGAAGGGGUUUCGGUCAUUGAUGCCUCGGUCGGACACGUCAUCACGACGCUCCCCACUCCCAACGUGUACGAACUCGGCUUCUCCCCUCGCGGUUCAUACAUUAUCACAUGGGAGCGUCCGUCCAAGGAUGAGGCUGGCGAUGCUGUCAAGAAUCUCAAGGUCUGGCGUACCAUUGAAGAUGUCCCCGAUGGCACGGAAAAGGAAGUUGUAGGCCGAUUUGUGCAGAAAUCUCAGACGGGCUGGAACCUGCAAUAUACCUUCGACGAGCGCUAUUGUGCUCGCGUUGUCACCAAUGAGGUCCAGUUCUACGAGAGUGGUGAUUUGGGUGCCGUCUGGAACAAGCUUCGUGCUGAGGGUGUUGCCGACUUCUCAAUUUCUCCUGGCAACAACCAUUCUGUGGCUGUGUUCAUUCCAGAGCGCAAGGGUCAACCAGCGGCAGUCAAGAUCUUCAACGUUCCUCAAUUCAAUACUCCGAUUUCGCAAAAGACAUUCUACAAAGGCGAUAAGGUUCAGUUGAAAUGGAACCAGCUUGGCACAACCUUGAUUGUUUUGGCACAAACUGAAGUCGACAAGACCGGCAAGAGUUAUUAUGGCGAGACAACACUAUAUGUGCUGAGCGCAAAUGGUGGCUUUGACUCGAGAAUUACUCUUGAUAAGGAGGGCCCAAUUCAUGAUGUUUCAUGGUCACCAAAUUCGAAAGAGUUUGGUGUUGUUUAUGGUUACAUGCCAGCUAAGACCACAAUCUUCAAUCAACGAGCUGUUGCUACCCACACUUUCCCACUCAGCCCACGAAAUACCAUCUUGUUCUCACCUACGGGUCGAUUCGUUCUGGUCGCUGGUUUCGGGAAUCUUGCUGGUCAGAUGGAUAUCUAUGAUCUUGAGAAAGAUUACAAGAAGAUCUGCACAAUCGAAGUUGGAAACCCGAGUGUUUGCGAGUGGAGCCCUGACAGCAAGUAUAUCUUGACUGCUACAACCAGUCCUAGACUUCGUGUCGACAAUGGCGUUCGUUUGUGGCAUGUUGGAGGUGGAAUCAUGUACAAUGAAGACAUGGUGGAGUUGUACCACGUUACCUGGCGACCACAAUCAUUCGACUCAUUCCCUGCUGGAGACCUGUUACACCCGAUUCCUGCCCCACAUGCAUCGGCUUUGGCAUACCUGGGUACUGUCAAGACCCCUUCCAAGCCAGCUGGUGCAUAUCGUCCGCCAGGAGCACGUGGUUUGGCAACCCCGUUGCACUUCAAGCGUGAAGAUGAGGGAGGAGCUGCACAUCAAGUCAGCAACGGAACUUCAUUGGUUGGCUCGAAUGGAUUUGGUCGACCCAGGAGACAGGUUCCUGGUGCGGAGACUGUUGACAAUCAAGUUCCUGGAGCUGUACCAGCCAAUGCUGUUCCGGGAGCUGCUGAAGGAGAUGAAAAUCUAUCAAAGGCAGCAUUGAAGAACAAGAAGAAGAGAGAAGCUAAAAAGCUGAAGGAUGCUGAGGCCAAGGCAGCUGGACUGGUUCCAUCACCAGAAGGACCAUCUGCUGGAACUGAGAACCGAAGCCCAGAUCGACGAGACCGACGGGAGCAUCAGCGUAGUCGCUCGAAGGGUCAGCAGGACAUUCGAACUCCUUCUCAGCAACGCUAUCGCAGCAAUACUCAACGAGGCCCGAAUCCGCAUCACAACCAGCCUGGCCCGUACAACCAGCAAAAUCAGCAGAACCAACAUGCCCAAUACAAUCAACAUAAUGGUCCCAACGGCAACGCUCCCGCAAAUCAGAUAAACAAUUUGACCAUUAACCCUGCCGCAUCUCGUGGCCCGGACGCACCAGAGCUUUCCAUCACCUCGCCAGGUGGAGGAAGCCCGAAUGCCAAGAAGCUCCGAGGUCUGCAGAAAAAGAUUCGUGCCAUUGAGGAUCUUGAGAUGCGUCUUGCAGGUGGUGAGAAGCUGGAGGACACUCAAAUGAAGAAGAUCGGUACCAAGCAAGCUGUUCAAGCAGAAUUGUCUUCCUUGGAAGCCGAGAACUAG